UGCGGAGAGAAGAAGAAGAAACAAGAAGUAAACAAACCAGAUAUCCCAAUAAAUUUGAAUUUCUUUUUAAUGCCGAAACAAUGCAAGUAAAUCCAAAACGCAACACAGAAGCUCACAGAAAAGCCGAGCAGGAUGCAAACCAGGCGCGCAUCACCCAAAUUGAGGAGUUCAUCAACGAGGUGCUGAAAGAGGAUCUCAGACAGUUGGAGAAGUGCAUCGGGCGGUUCAACGAGGAGAUCAUGGAGUACCUACAGCUGAAGAACACACUCCAGACCUUCGACACCCACCUGCCAGAUGGCUACAAGACGCAAGUCAACAUCGGCAGCAACGUAUUCAUGCAGGCUCGCGUCCGGAAAAUGGACAGCAUUCUGGUCGAUGUGGGCAAGAAUGUGUUCCUCGAUAUGAGCAUUCCGGAGGCAGAACGCUACUGUGACACCCGCGUCAAGAUCUUGACCAAGCAAUCAGAUGUCCUGCGCGAAGAAAGCGUCAAGAAAAGGGCCCAAAUCAAAAUGGCCCUGAUAGCAAUCAGUGAAAGAACCAAACUUAUCCAACAGGAUGAAAGCAAAUAGCUCCGCUGCGUCCACAGAAGCUGAUAGCAUCUGUAUCCUUGUUCGUAUCGUAUCAGUGAUCACAUUAUUACCAAGAUUACACAAGCACUUAGUUUUUAUUUUCUA